GUUUCGCUCAUCAUCUAGUGGGUAUGCAUGCCCAUUUACCAGCACCAGAUUGGCGUGCACUGGGUGCCGGACAUGCUGCCUUAGGACGUCCUGGAUUUCCACAUGGCGCACAUUUCUUUCAUCAUCCUCACGCCGCUUUUCCAGCACAUGGUAUAGCUAGUACGUUGGAACGUAAUGGCUUAGGAACAAUAGAAAAUGCACACCUAACACAUUUAAGUCAAUUAUCAACCAUUAAUGCUGCUCACAGUACAACAAGUCCUGAAGGUUCACCUACCACAACUAAUACUGCAAUUGGACAUCUGCCAUUAACCACAUCCCCGCCUUUAACCACAACAAAUAGUGAUAAUGAAAACAAUAACAUCAUUGACGCUGGUUUCGAAAGUGAUAGCAUAUCUGUAACCGGUUCUCCACGUAAAGUAUCAUCUCUGCAUGAAGACGAUGAGGGGCGCAGCAUUUCUCCACCAAGCAGUAACGGUAAUGGUGGUGCCUUUACAUCACUCAUACAGCGUAACUCGACUUUACGUAAAAAUGAGAUAUUUACUGGAUUUGCAAAUCACUUUCAACCAAGUCAUGGUUUUAAUCCAGCUUUGGCUGCACAACUAUUCUUGCAGAAUCCUUUGUUGCCACAGCCUAGUCAGUGGCUGUAUUCACAACUUUACGGUAAUUACAGUGAUAUGCCUUGGUUUCGUGGUGCUAUGACUACAAGUCCAACGUCUGCGGGCUUAACACAAUCUAUGCCUACAGCUCCAGCCAGCACAACAGAUGUAUCCAAUGGCGUGAAUUUAGUUAAACGAAAUGUAACACUCAUCUCACAUUCACAGGACAAUGAAAAUGCAAAUCCUAAUGCCUCGCCACCAGUCAGCUCAACUCGUCGUUCACCAUCACCUGUGGAAACUAUUGAUUUAGAUGAUGUUAGUACCACUUCUCGUUCGGGAAGUGGCAGUUUUGGACCUAUACGUUGUCGUACACCCAAGCCGAAUGAUGUUUGGCGUCCCUACUAGCGGCUCCGUAAUGCCAUAGUAACGGCACUAGGCAUCGGGUUUGAGGAGAAUGAGGCUUUUGUAUCUGAGCAUUCCAACUUACGUGAUUUAGACCUUGCAGCUUAUGAAGCGGUUGAUAGUAUCUAAUCAUAGUAUUUUCCGUUUUUAAUAAUUGUUGUGAAUUUUUUCAUAUCGUAAGACUUCUUUUUUAAUUUUUUUCUUUUACUUUCUGCGAGUUUUAUUGGCUUUAGUUAAGACUUGAGAUUAAGAGUUUGUUAAUAAAAGAACAACAUAUCGAAUUUAAUUAAAUUUAGCUUAACAUA